AUGUUCGAGCUCCCAGACGCUAAACGCGUCCGCCGCGACGAAAUCCUCUCCCGCGCCUCAACCUCACGCUCCCCAUCCCCCGUCUCCGAUCCCGCGCCGGACGCCCACCGUCUCCUCGGUAAAUUGCUCAAUCUCGACGAUUACCUAGCGCCUGCGCCUGCGGCACAAGCAAACACGCAAAAGCCCGAGCCCGCGCCGCAGACGGAUACCGCCGCCGACGAAGACGAAGAACAGGAGUUCGAGUUUCGCCUGUUCAGCGCCCCUGCGCCGCGGAAGUCCGAUGCACCGACGAGCACCGACACGGCCGGGGCUGCAGACCCGGACGCAGCCAAAACGCAGAAACUGCGCAUUCGGCUGCGUUCGCCGUCGCCGGGGGAGGUGGGCCUUGAAGAGGGCCGGUUUGUGACUCCGUCUCGUGGCUGGGAAUACUACUUCACCACGCCGGCGUUGCUUUCCGGGACGAGCGUUGGUGAUGAGCUGGCGGCUGCGACGGCGCUGAAGCGGAAGCAGUUUGAGGAUGUCGCCGUGACCGGGGAGCAGAUGAUGGGUUGGGCGCAGGUUCCUUGGCCCGGGUGCGAUCUACCAUGGCGGGUGGUGCAUCUCAAGCGCCAUCAGACCAAGCUGCCUCGAUCGACUGGGAACGACACGGCGGCCAGUGCCGUCUACGUUGUGGAACCGGCGGAUAGGGAGCCCAAGUCUCGCAAGAAGCCAGGCAAGAAACGCCGUCUCCAGCUGCGGAAGCGGGUAACUGCCGCGGAAGAAGCUAAGCAGAAGGAGGCGGAGAAACGGAACCGCAAGAAUCGCGAGAGAAAGAUCAAGCGCAGACAAAAGGCCAGAGAGCAGAAAGCUGCCGCUGCCGCUGCACAGGGCCUGGAGCCUCCUGCAGAGACGGAUCAAGACUCUUCUCAUGAUGAGGACGAUUGA